CUUGUGCGCGCUGCAACUGCCGCACCCUCAAGCACUCAACUGCUCACUUCGCGCGAUUCGUGCAGUUGCAUCGGCGCCGCAGACCUCUGCGUCUGCAUGCCGCCAAAAAGUGCCGAGCGGCAGUUCACGCACUCACAGACACGCGCAUCCCCGCACACAACAGCACAAGACACCCUGGAGCCGACGUGCCCUUGGACCUGCACGUGAUCGUCUACUGA